AAUUAUUACGUAACGUCAUAUUGGCCGUGUCGUUAAGAGGAUUGGUUAUGACAAACGAAGGAAGUAUAAACAAACGAUAACAAUAUCUUUCUCUUUGUUUUUCUGCGUGAAAAUCGCAAAGAAAUCUUAAACGUUUGCGUUGUAUUGAAGGCCAAGAACCAGCUGAGGAUAUGAGUCAAGGAUACACGAGUAUGCCAAUGCCGACACCUCAUUAUUCGUCACAAGCACCUCGGCCGCCAUACCCGGGGAAUACGAAUACUACAAGUAAUCCGACCGAUUCUGUCAUGUCGACAUUGAGUAUUCAGCUUGAUCAGGCCGAUCAGAGUGAACUUCAGGAACUUCACGAUAAGGAAGAGAAAAUACAUCAGAUAUUGAACGAAAUUACCGAGGUGAAACAGGUUCAAGCUGAGCGUGAAAUGCAGGUAGCAGGAAACAGGAGUUUGGCGGAGUAUAACAUGGACCAGGGAACCAGGCUGAAGAAAUCCAAACAGAGAUUAGCUCAAUUAUAUCAACAGCUAAAUGAACAAAGCACACGUUUUGAUGAAAACAAAAAUAAUUUAGAUAGUCUUUCGAGUCAAUACAACCCCGAUACGAUUAUGGCUUUGUUACAAACUUCUGUAGCACAAAUUGAGGAAACAUCUGAGAAAACUGCUGAUGGUUUCCUGGAUGGCGACGUAACGGUGGAGGAUUUCUUAGAAAAAUACACCAAAGAACGAUCUGAGCUACAUAUUCGACGAACUAAAGUCGACAAACUCAAAGAACUCAUGAGACAUCGAAAUAUGUUGACAUCGUGACAUAUUUUCACGAAUAUUCGCACGCUAAUAAAUACAUCGUAGUUUGAAAGGCCGCAUAAUCGUAUAUGCCUUGACUAAGUCCUUAACUGAAAAAAAGCAAAGCGUUUCGGGUACACGAAAUUAUUCUGAAGAUCUUUGAACAUAAUACUAUUAUAAUACUAUUAUAUUAUAUAAUAGUAUUAUAAUUUUAUCAUAAUACUAUUAUACUAAAUUACGCUGUAAAAACGGAAUAUAUAUAAUAUAUGAAUGUAUAAAGUUCUAUGUCCAUCUUAAAAUAGGUAAAAAUGCAAAGUUUUGUCGCAUGUAGUUGUAAAA